CCACAGCAAAUCGCUGCUUCUUCUGCUUGAGACGUUUCUGGAGAGGUGGAGGCGCCGGGUUCCCAAAGUCAAGCCCUUUCGGCCCACUCUUGGAGAAGGAGGCCCGUAAUCUCUUCUCUGCUUCUUCGUUCUGGUUUCUUCUGAUACCAUAUCCCUUGGUUUGGGGUAGGGUGCUGCUACAGAUUUAUCCUCUCAGACAUAUAAGAUGUCCUUCUGGUCAUCAUUUUACCAAAAUGCAGUUUUUGAGUCGGUUAUUGAAUACAAAUGGACACCAAGAGAUUCCUCCAGCUUGUGGAGGAGAAGAAGAAGAGAAUUAUGGAUCGAAAGGAGGCUCCUUUGAAGUGGGAGCAGAAGCUGGAAGCUGCUUCUAAGGCUAAAGCUGACGCUGAAGCUAAAGAGAGGAAGUUGAAGGCUGCAAAACAUAAAAAACGAUCUGGCUCUGAUAGUGACUCGGAUUAUGACAGUGACAAUGAGUAUAAGAAGUCCAGUAGAAGAGCUCACAGGAAGCAUAGGAAGCAUUCUCACUCUGACUUGGGUGACCAUGAUAGAAGGAAAGAGAAGAAAUUUAAGAGAAAGGCAAAGAAACGGUCCUCAGAAUCUAGUGAUGCUAGCAGUGAUGAAUAUGAUAGUAUCUCUGAGGAAGAGAGGAGAAGGAAGAAGAAGCAAAACAAGAAGCACAGGGAUCAAGGUUCAAGAUCAGAUUCCAGUGAUUCAGAUACCGGUGCUGAUGAGGUAAGCAAGAGGAAAAGGCAUUCAAGAGAAUACAAACGCCGAGCUGUCUCACAUUCUAGUGGAUCAGACUUCUCUAGUGAUGAAGAGUCUCACGCUUCUAGAAAGAGUCAUGGAAAGCAUCAUAAACGGCACCGAAGAUCUGAAUCUAGUGAAUCAGACUUGUCAAAUGAUGAAAGUGACGGUGCUUAUCACAAGAAAAGCCGCAGAAGGCGCCAUAAACAUCACAGACGAUCUCAUAGUUUGGAUAUGAGGUCAUCAGAUUCUGAUGAUGAUGGACAUGGGCAGCGAAGCCAAUCUAUAGGGAAGUCAUCAGAUGAGAACAAUGAAGAUAAUAGGAGAUCAGUCGCUAAGAGGCAUGGCCACCACCACCACCACCACACAAGCAUCGACGCCACUUGAAUGGGGAGAAAAAUCAAAAUCAGUCUCCUCACCAUCACUCGCCAGAUAUGAAUGGAAAGCAUGACGAAUUAAGCAAAUAUGUGAUUGUGAAAUCUGAUGGAGAUCAUGCGGAUUGAGCUGUGGAUGAGAACAACGAGAACAAUUAUCCACGUGAUUUCUGAGUUCUGUUUAACGAUUUGUUGCCUUCAUUAACAUUCCAAGUGACCGUCAAUGAAUCUUUGCUGAACAAGUUUAAUUUUAAUUAUUCUUUGUUGUCAUCUGCAUUAUUGACAAUUUGAAUCUAGAUUUUCUGGCUUCUAAUUGGAUUGUUCUGUUGACUGUGUUUGCUGUUGCAAUUACAAUAGAUUAUUGUGGUCGAAACUCA